AGCUUCAUCGACCUUUCUUUAUUUUCGGUGAACUUAUUACAUUUUCUUCUUUUCCUCUCUUCCUCUUUUCUUACCAUAAACAUUCAAUAAACUUCACUUCCUCUCACACCCCUAAAGGCUAUUCUUCAUAGCGUAUAAAAAUCGCUUUAGAAUAUUUACUUUCAACUCACUCAUAUCCUCUAUUCCUAAGAAAGAAAGAAAGAAAGAAAAACACAUUCGACAUCGCGAGCCUCGCCACCGAUAUCAACAUGUCAGCAGCAGACUACUACGGUAACAAUGGAGGUGGUUAUCCCCCACCUCGACACCAACAGGGCUCGUCGCCUUACCCCCCACAACCUCAAUACGCUCAGACGCCCUCGCAUUCCCCGUAUCCAUCUCAACCAAACUACGCAAACGGUACCCCCUCCCCGGCGCCUUACCCCGCUCAGCCCACCUACGCCCAGUCGCCAGCCCCGUCGCAGCAGGGCUACCUUACUCCUUACCAACCACAGUCCCAGCACUCGCGACCCGGUUCCGCUCACUCGGAUGCUGGCUAUGCGCCGCCUCCGUACCCACAGAACGAUGGCCGUCAUCCAGGAUCACGCCCUCACUCUGCAGAUCCCUACGCCACCCAGAAUGACCGCGAUCCGAACUACAACCAGGCGCAAGCUGGCGAGGACGGCGAGCGUGGUCUAGGCGCGACUUUACUUGGAGGCGGAGCCGGCGGCUUCCUCGGCCACAAGCUCGGUAAGGGCAAGCUGGGCACCAUGCUUGGUAGUGCCGUUGGUGCGGUGGCUGCCAAUUUGAUAGAGAACAAGUUGGAGAAGCGCCAUUCGAAUCAGGGCCAUGAUCAAGCUUAUGGACAGGGAUAUGGGCAUGGUUACGGACAUCAUGGACAAGGCCACCAUGGCCAUCACAGCCAUCACGGCCAUCAUGGACAUCAUGGGCAACACGGGCACCACGGGCAUCACGGCUAGGGCUGGUAGAUCAUCUAAUAGUUCAGCAGAACGGUUAGAUUGCUACAGCAGAUGCUAAAGGGGUUCCCCCCGCUUCCCUAACGAUUGAUUUGAUAUUAUGAACGGCGGCGUAUUGGUCGGUAUAGGUCGGUGUUAUUGGUAUAGGCUUCGGUGGUUUCCCGUUUCUUUCAGAUUCCGGUAAAGAAACAACGAGAUGAUGUUAUGGUUCCUUAUGUGGUUAUUGCGAGAAGUAGGAGGUUAGUUGUGAGGAGUACUUAUUACCUACUACCUAUAAUGCUCUCGUCGACGAGGGUAUUCUUAACAGCUCACAGUUGGCUGGCACAAGUUUGAAAUACAUCUAGUUACAUGAUUACCUACCUAUGUUUUAAUAGUGCAAUGAUGAAGACACAUUGUAGAACCCAUAUAAAGAGUAUUAGUAAAAGUGUCUGAUUGACAAGUCGCUACUCGAUAGUGAGCUGCUCAAUAUGAUGAUAAUGAUGGAUUCUCUAAUGUCCAGUAGCCACGUCAAAACUAUCCGCCUAAA